ACCCAUUUACCGGCGCCAAAGGAUGUGAUGAUUUAUUCCUAUAACUUUCAUAGUUUGCUGAGGUGGUCUGCUGUUAAAGUGGAUAGAGGCUUGGUGUUAUAUACAGUCCAUUUUAAAACAGGGGCCUUUAACCAGUGGGAUGAGAUGAACUGUACUCGUAUCGCCAAGACUGAAUGCAAUUUCUCCCGCUCCCUUAAGGAGCGGCGCUGGACUGUUGUUUUGCGCUUGAGGGCUGAGCUAGGGCAAGUGACUUCCGAUUGGGUGGAAACGGAUCCAUUUGUGGCAGAGAGAAACACUACUAUAGGGCCCCCUAAAGUGAACAGCGUGACUGUAAGCUCUGACUCACUUCUCGUUAGUGUCACACCCCCUUUUGGACCUGAAGCAGGUGACUUUCUUCAGUAUCAUGUGUCCUACUGGGAGAACGCAACAAGUACUACUAAAAAAGAGAUAAAAACAAGCAAUACACUAUUCAAAAUUGGAAAUCUAAAGGAAUCGACACUUUAUUGUUUUAGAAUUCAAGUAGAAUUGAUGACACAUUUGGAUCUCCAGUUACUUGGACUGCAAAGUGCCCCAGAUUGUUACAGAACUACAAUCAGUGAGGCAACCAGAGCUGGAUAUAUUAUACUAAUACUUGUGUUGGUGUUACUUUUUGUAAACCUGGUAACAGUCGGUUUGUUUCUUCUGUGGAAACACCACAAAAAAAUUAAAUAUUGGUCUCAGCCACCUUUAGAAAUCCCAUCACACUUUGAAGAGUAUUUGAAUGACCCCAGCAUGCCUGUUUUAGAGGCAUUGUACAAUUACGUCGAGAACAAUCCCCCGGAUACCUUAUCUGUUGUGUUUUGUGGAGAAGAAAGCCAAGCUCAUUCACACAGCAUCUCCAGCGACAGUGAAGUAACUUAA